GAACUGACUCACAAGUUGUCCUCUGACCUACAUGUGUCAUGGAUGCGAGAGUGCGCACACAAUCCUUGAAAUUUAAGUUGAGUGUAGUGGCACUGGCUUUUAAUCUCAGCACUCGAGAGGCAGAGGUAGGAAAAUCCAAGUUCCAGGCCAGCCUGGUCUGCAUAGCAAUUUCUAGAAUGAUUCGGUGUGUAUGGAGAGAAUCUGUUUCAAACAACAACAAAACAUUGUUUAAAGCCAGGGCAUGCUGGCACAUAGCCCUCAAUUCCAGCAGAGGCAAAUGAUCUCUAAAUUCAAGGCCAGCCUGGUCUACAGUGUGAAACUCUGUGUCAGGAAGCUUGGUCCCUAUUGCUCUUGCAGAGGAUUGGAGUUAGGUUCCCCUGUCUCAAAAAGGGAUCAGCUUGGUCACUAUUGCUCUUGUAGAGCAUCAGAGUUCGGUUCCCAUCAUCCACACAGCCUCAGUCUUCUGGGCGCCACAGGCACUCACGUGGUGCUCAUUCAUAAGAGCAGAACACGUACAAUAAGGCCCACGGCGGGAGGUUGGGGCGCGUCGGGAUCCAACCACAGGGCCAGGCCGGAAGUCGGGUUGAAUUCUGGUACAUCACCUCUGACCUCGGCGUUCAAACACUGCGAUUACAGUCCAGCCUACCCACUGAGCAUGCUCCGUCUUCCGGUCACGUGGCCUAGCAUGGCCGCCUCCAUGGCCCGCGGCGUGAGUGCCCGGGUCCUGUUGCGGGCCGCCGGGGGUUCCUGGGGUACCUGGGCUGGGCACGCGGCAUUGACGUCCAGGACUCUCGGGACGACAGGAGAGCGGCGCGCAGGCGAGGACGAGGCGGACGGCCCGGAGCUGCCCCGGGACGCGGUCAACGUGGUCUUCGUGGACCGCUCUGGUCGGCGGAUCCCCGUGAGGGGUAGAGUCGGGGACAAUGUUCUUCACCUGGCCCAGCGCCACGGGGUGGACCUGGAAGGGGCCUGCGAAGCCUCCCUGGCAUGUUCCACCUGCCAUGUGUAUGUGAGUGAGGCUCACCUGGAUCUCCUGCCUCCUCCUGAGGAGAGGGAGGACGACAUGUUGGACAUGGCCCCGCUGCUCCAGGAGAACUCGAGACUGGGCUGCCAGAUUGUGCUGACCCCUGAGCUGGAAGGAGUGGAGUUUGCUCUUCCCAAGGUCACCAGGAACUUCUACGUGGAUGGCCACGUCCCCAAGCCUCACUGAGAUGAGGCCACUGGACCAACCAGGGCCACUGAACUGAAAAGCCAUGCUUCCGGCCCCAGAGCACGGACUGGCAGGGAAAGAGAAGUUGGAAGCACAGUGUGAGACCAGAGCCGCUUCUGGGGACAGCCAUUGUCUGGGCCCUGAGGGGGAAUGGGUCUCCAUCUUGGGUGUGUCAGUCCACCAGGGAGAAUCGAACUAUAAAUUAGGGAUGGACUCAAACCAGAGCUGCAAUAAAAAGUCAUACACA